AAGCGAUCAUGACGACUGUAGCUAUCCAUUUCUGCUCGAACUGCAACAACAUCCUAUACCCUCAAGGACGUAUUCUCUCAGCAAAGGAAGAUGGGCUUGGUACUCUCAAUUACAAAUGCAACAUUUGUGGAAUGGUGGAGCAAGCUGAGACCACUAGUAAAGACGCCUACAAGAUCUGUGUGGACACUAACUAUGAAGAAGAGCGUGAUAUCCAGAUAGACCCUCUAAUAAUCCACGACCCGACCUACCUCAGAAAGAAAGGUGUAGAAUGUGAGAACUGUGACAAUGAUGAAGUGAUAAUGUACCAUCACCACUUGCAAGGUAUUAUUCAGUCCAAAGUCACCUUCGUCUACCUUUGUACCAAUCCUAAGUGCCUCAAUCACUGGGUCCACAGUAAUGAAGGAGAGUACCCUGAAGGCAUAAGUGACACAGACGAUUCUAAGUAA